AUGGCAUCGGCCAUGUUCAAGCGUCUUGAAGGCAAGACCAUCCUCAUAACCGGCGCCUCGUCAGGCAUCGGGCGAUCCACAGCCUUCGAGUUUGCACGCACAUGCCCCAAGAAUCUCAAGCUGAUCCUGACGGCGCGCCGCAUCGACAGCCUCAAACAGAUCGCGGCCGACAUCACUAAGGAGGUCGGCGACGGCAUCAAAGUGCAACCGAUUCAGCUCGACAUCAGCAAUGCAGACGAGGUGCGUGCGUUUGCCGAGUUCAAGGAUGUCGAUGUGUUGGUUAAUAAUGCCGGUUUGGUCAGAGGCGUAGCCAAAGCGCCCGAGAUUGCAGAAGAAGACAUGAACAUCAUGUUCGCAACCAAUGUGAUGGGGCUGAUCAACAUGACACAAGCGAUCCUGCCCUCCAUGCUGAAGCGCAACAACGGCGAUGGCGCGGGCGAUAUCAUCAACAUCGGGUCGAUCGCGGGCCGUGAACCAUAUGUUGGCGGAGGCAUCUACUGCGCGACCAAGGCCGCCGUCCGGUCUUUUACCGAGACCUUGCGCAAGGAGCUAAUUUCAAAGAGGAUCCGAGUUAUUGGGGUCGAUCCCGGCCAGGUCGAGACGGAGUUCUCGCUUGUUAGAUUUUAUGGUGAUAAGGAGAAGGCUAAUACUGUCUAUGCAGGCUGUGAGCCAUUAACACCUGACGAUAUCGCUGAGGUGAUAGUAUUUGCCGCCGGAAGGAGGGAGAACGUCGUCAUUGCUGAUACCCUGAUCUUCCCUAACCACCAAGCCAGUGCUACUAUCAUGCACAGAAAGCCCACGUAG